GUCAUCGACCGAAAUAUCUUGUUACUGUGGUAGGUGAACGCGAUAGGGUAACAACAUUUGGAGAGAGAGAGAGUGACCGUGAUGGCGACGUGAUAAAAUCAUUGUUCAAUAGAUAAUAAUUAUAUCGAGAACAUAGAAAACACUUGCUGCUGGAAUAUCAAUUCAUUUAUUCACAUCUACCACCACAAUCAUGAUCCGCAACAUCGUGUUUGUUUGUUUACUUCUGUGUGAUUUAAACUGUGUUUUGUCCCAACAACCAUGGUCUUAUGUCCAUAUGAUUUCCACUCUUGGAUCCCGAUCACAGAUUUUAGAAUCACAGAAAGAAGAUUACGCCGAAGAAAUCAAGACAAUCCAGGAAUCAGCUAAACCGUUAUCAUUAGACAAAUUACAAGAUUAUGCCCAACGGCUCCUGGAGUCUUCGGAGUUAUUAAGGACGGGUGUAAAAUUAGGAGCUGAUGCCAAUGUAACUGUCUCAAAACAGUGUAUAAACGACACUACCUAUUUCCUAACCUCAAUCAUCUUGGGACAGCAAUGGGCUUUAAGAAUGUUUGAUUCGUUUGGGAAGCCUUCGUCUGGUAUUUUACAGUUUGAGUUGAAUUGGGUUGGAUCUUAUGAUGAGUGUAUUGCUAUCCGGGCACCUUACACAGAGGUCAACCAGACUACGGACACAGGGGAAAUACAGUUUAAGGGACAAUAUUGUACGGCAGUUUUACCUUUUACACCAGAAACAUCAGCUACGCCAGCUUCUCCCAUGCCAUCAGUAGGUGUACAACUAGGAAUAUGUCUCCCAAACUCGUGUUCAGCCAAAGAUAUGGUUCUUCUACUUAACGAUGCUCUGCAUGAACUAGUUAAUAUCACUGGUUUAAAGAUUGGUUUUCAAUUCAGUAAUUUAACAUCAAGAUGUCAGAAUGAAGAUUUAGAAUAUGACUCAAAAGCUAUAGCAGCCAUUGUUGUCGGAACUAUUUUCGGUUUGUUGCUUGUGAUUGGCACCCUGUACGACUUCAUGUUUGUACAGAUGCCAAAAUGGUCGCAGUCAGCUGAUGAGGAUGAUGGCAAUUUGAAUUCCAACCAGGAAGCCAAUGGUUCAAUGAAUAUCAAAUAUCAUCGCCACUCAGAUGAAAAUACUCCGUUAAUCGGAGAAACAAAAACUUCCAUAGACAAUAAUUCGAUGGAGCCUGGAAUAUGUGGGAAAGCUUUAUUAUCAUUCUCUGCUUAUUCCAAUGGUUUGAAGAUAUUAAGUACAAAACAACCUAAAGGAAGCUUACAAUGUAUUCACGGAAUCCGUUUCUUCUCAAUGACAUGGGUUAUUCUCGGACACACUUUAGUCUUUGCUAUUGGAAACCUUGAGAACUUUGCAACUUAUUUUCCACCACUGUUGAAGAGAUUUACAUUUCAAGCUAUCAGUAAUGCAACUGUUUCUGUUGAUACUUUCUUUACCUUGAGUGGUUUGUUGAUAUCGUAUUUAACAUUAAAAGAACUGAAGAAAACUGAAGGAAAACUAAAUUGGUUUAUGUUUUAUUUUCACAGAUACUGGAGGUUGACCCCGCCCUAUAUGUUCUUGAUGUUGUUGUAUGUACCUUUAUUCCCCUAUUUUACCAAUGGACCAUCAUGGCCCCAAAAAGGCGUGGAAAUAAACCAGUGUGAAGGAUGGUGGACCAAUCUUCUCUAUGUCAAUAAUAUAGUAAAAACUAAUGAAAUUUGUAUGGGAUGGUCCUGGUAUCUGGCCAAUGACAUGCAGUUUUAUAUAUUAUGUCCAUUGUUGAUUGUUCCAUUUUUCUAUUCUAAAUUCAUAGGAUUUGCGGUAUCAACGGUAUUUUUGCUGACCACCACCAUUACUGCUGGAGCUGUUUCUGCAGCAUAUUCUAUGGCUCCAGGUUUGGCAGCAACCCCUAUGGCUAUGGGAGGUACUAAUACUAGUACUAACGCCACAGCGUCUCCAGCAUCAAUGGACUUUUUCUUGAAGUACUAUAUUACACCAUGGUGUAGAAUGGGACCAUAUAUAAUUGGCAUCAUGGUUGGUUAUUAUCUCUAUGUUACAGAAUUACGUUUCAGAUGGAACAAGCUUUUUGUUGCUGCUGGUUGGGCAGUCUCCACAGCUUCUGCUUUAGCUGUUCUUUAUGGUCUCUAUGACACUGCUCAAGGUCAUCCUAUAUCCGUGGAUACAGCUGCAUUUUAUAAUGCUGUAAAUCGUACUGUAUGGGGUGCAUGUGUAUGUUGGGUUAUUGUAGCUUGUGUUGGGGGAUAUGGAGGUCCAGUGAAUGUGAUAUUAUCAUGGAAAGCAUUGAUACCAUUGAGUAGAUUAACAUACUGUGCUUACCUGAUACAUCCUAUUAUUAUGUAUGCUGUUUAUUACGCUCAGAUAAAACCCAUAGCAUUUACAGAUUCUCUCUUUGUUUAUUACUUUUUUGCACAUUUGGUAGCAGCUUAUAUGUUGGCGUUUGUUCUAUCAUUGAUGUUUGAAUCACCUAUGAUGGGGCUAGAAAAUGUCAUCUUUAAACGAAAGAGGAGAAAUUAGGCAGCAUUUUUAUAACUGUUUACAGGGAUUUGACUUCAAGUAUUUUUAAAAGAUUAAUUUACCCUACUUUCAGGUUAAAUUUAAGAUCCCGAACGAUUCUUUUAUACAUUUUAAACAUUUAAUACAACAGUAAAUAAACUUACUGUCUUUAGAAGAUCGUUAAAUUGGAAAUAGUUUUAGCAUAAAAUCUCUUAAAAGGAUAAAGUUACAACUAUAAAAGUGACUACCGACCUGUGAUUAUAAAGUUUUGUCAUGACUAUAAUUUUUAUAUACUGUUUAAGUAUUUUCCAGGUUUUCUUUUUUAAUUAAAUUGAAUCAAUUUGUAUAAUAGUAUUUUAAUAUACUUUUCACAUUUUUCCUAGUUUUUAUUAAUUGAAUUGAUCUAUUUGUAUAAUAGUAUUUUAAUAUGCUUUUCACAUAUUUCUCAGCUUUUAUUAAUUGACGUGAACCAAUUUGUAUAAUAGUUUUUAAUGCAUGUAUGAUGUGAUACUUUUUUUAUUUGAAUUGUGUUUUUUUUUCUAAUUAGUUCAUGCACUAACAAUUAAUUUUAAGUCAUUUCAAAACUAUGAAAAUACAAAAGCUUUAAUGUAAAAUAUUUUUAGCAUAUGUAACAAGUAUCUUUAUAUUUAUUUUUAACCAUCAAUUAAUGUAAUAUCACUACAAAUUUUAAAAAAUGUAAACUUAACGUAAAAUAAUUUUAGCACAAAUUACAUGUCGAUUGAUAUUCAUUAUGGACAAGUAACUGAUCUCCAAGCAUUAGUCAUCAUGUUGUUGUUGUUUUUCUUGAAGGGUGACGCUCUUCAAAAAAUACUAAGGCUCUGUAAAUUAGAUUACAAUCGACAUGAUUUAAAUUUGGCAUUCUUGUACCUUUGAAAAUUGUGCAUGGACUGAUGGAUUUUGAUUUUUGAUAUGAUUUCACAAUUUCAAGAUGGUAUCUUGCACGGUUCCUGGUCCAUUUAAUAUUAUUAUACUUUUACACUAAAAGCAAAUUAAAUUUGGCUUGUUUGUUCCUUUGAAAAUUGUGCAUCAAUUGACAGGUUCCAAUUUUUGAUAUGACGUGUCGUCCACGGUAUUAUCGGUAUUAUCGUAUUUGAACAUUAAAAAUAAACAUAAAAUGUGAAAUAUUUAACACAUGUAAGUCAAUUUAUAUUAAAUUUUAAAUGAAUUUAUUUAUAUUAAUGAUUUCAUAGCAAUAUAAUAAUAUGUGUUAUGUUUUAUAUGCUUACUUGAGGCCAAAGCAGUUGAAUUUUAAGUUCUACGGUGUCUUGACACAUAAAUAGCAACUUGACUCCCAAAGAAAAAAUUUCUGUUUAAAAUUUCAAAACUUAAAUUUUAAACUAAAAGCAUUUCAAAAGAGCGACCAAGUAUUUCUUUUGUUUUUUGUUUUUUUAAAAAGACGAAACAAUAUUUUUCUAGAUGUUCCUAAAGAGUAAAAGUUCAAAUUGGUGUAGUAGCCUUGCCCUAUAUAUUUUAAACCAAAGAUACGAUAAGAAACAUCUAUUUAUUUAGUACAAAUCGUCACUUUGGAUUUUCCACAAUAUGAAAAUUAGUCGGCAUAAAAAAAAACAAGACUGGUUCUCAUACGGAUUUUUCCAAGGUGUUAUUGUAGCAUGCUGUUUUGUUGUUACGUGUAUAUUUUUUCAUACAUUCAUGUCUUUUAGAUGUAUAUAGUUCCAGCAGCCAAAUUUAUAUUUUAUUAAGAAAAUAUAAUGGUACAUUUAUUACAAUAUUUAGCUCAAUUCACAAAAUGGCUAACCCAUUUAUAUAACAGUUUAGAAUUGUAUAUGUAUUUUAGAUAAUGGUACAUUUUAGAAUUGUAUAUGUAUUUUAGAUAAUGAUACAUUUUAGAAUUGUAUAUCUAUUUUAGAUAAUGGUACAUUUAUUAAAAUAAUUAGCUCAAUUCAGAAAAUGGCUAUGACUAAACCCAUUUAUAUGACAGUUUAAGCCUAGCUUAUGUCGCCCAACGGCCCGAUUUAACUGACGGCAACUUGAAAUCGGCGACUGGUUGCGAUCAAGUGGAACUGGUCUAUCGUAACUACCUGGGCGACCUGAGUGCUCUUACAACUGGUCUACGUUGGACGGCGACCAGUUGCUCUGAGGCACACAUAUUCUACGACUAGAGACAAAUAGUUUUCCCUAGUCGCAAUCUACAUUAACGCCCCUCCGUCUACCUUGAAUCAGCGACUCGCUGAGGUAGGCAAUAACAAUCAGUUAUUUAGUCAAAUGGUACAACAGGGAAAAGAAACAAACAUGGCAGACAAGUGGAAUAAGGCAGACGAAGUUGUGGCAGAAACGCCCCUCAUUAUAUGUUAGUACAAUAGACUCGGGUCAGGUUACCACUAAUCUAUGUUGUAAACAGUGUGCGGUAUUUGAUUGUUUUUUUUCUCAGGCAUUACUAAUUUGAUUAGCUUAAAAACCCAUUUGUCUAAGAAAAAAACAGGCCAAUACCACGCAACAUACGGAUAAAUGAAAAGUAGGACAAGCCUCAGCCUUUUUUUUUCAGCAAUAAUAGUGCAUGAUGUGGAACUCAAUCUCUUUCAGCAUGGCCAUAGCCAUUUUGAAGAUUAUUACAUGACAGUCAUGUGAUCAGUUGUGGCUCCAAUUCCGCAACUGAUCUUACGACUAUGGUCAACUGAUUGCUUGUGGUUGCAUCCAGUCCAGUCAUUGCGACAUAAGCUCUCAGUCUCGUUGCAUCAUAGGGCGACAUAAGCUAGGCUUAAGAAUUGUUUAUGUAUUUUAGAUAAACUUAAAUGGGUGCUUCCAAUCUGGAAAAUUAUAUUUUUAAACAACAAACAUAAAUGGUACAUUUUAUUGAAAUAUUUAGCAUAAUUCACAAAAUGGUCAACCCAUUUAUAUUAAUGCAUAGAAGUGUAUAUGUAUUUUAGAUAAUCUUAUGUAUUUAUGCUUGCAGUUGCUAAAUCUAUAUGAUUUUAAACAAAAAUAAAUGGUACUUGCUUAAUUAGCUAACCUAUUUAUAUUACAGUAUAGACAAUGUAUGUUUUUCUGUAGAUCCUGUAUUUUACUUGAUUUUAAAUGCAUAGUUCCAGUUGCUAAAAUCAUAUUUCUUAAACAAAAAAUAAAUGGCACAAUUACAGGGCCCUGUUUCUCGAAAUCUUAACUAAAGAUAAAAUCCAAAUUUUAGUACCAGUAGAUAUUUCAAUUUUGAUUGGCUAAGCACUAAAAUUAAUCUAAUAUUAUCCAAUCAAAUUACUAAAAUUUGGAUUUUAUCUCAAUUCAAAUUUGGUGAUACAGGCCCUAGUUUUAUUGGGAUAUUUUGCUCAAUUCAACCGAUUUAUAUUUAAGCAUAGAAAGCAUAUGUGAUUUCUUUCAUUAAAAAAAAUGGAAGAUGUAAACAAAAUUGAAAAUAUUUUGAAUUUUAUACUUGCCAUUUUUCUCAAGUCCCAUUAAUGAAAAUUUAAACUGAUUGUUCAUAGCUCUUAGCCAAUGAAAUGGCUGAUUUCUUGAAAUGUUUAAGUUUUCUUGAUGAAUCAACUGUGGAUCAAAUUGUUGAAAAUUAUUGAUGAAACAUGUUUGAUCUUUGUUUAAAAAAACUUUCCUCAGAUUUUUCAACAAAAUGGAAAUCUGUGAUCGUAAUUGUUCGAGAGUGAUAUCCUCUCCAUAAUACAUACAGUUGCAUUUCGAUUUUGUUUUUACUUCUAAUAUUCCAUACAUUAUAUUCGGGUAUGAUUUUUGUUUUUAGUUUUGUUAAAAAUUAAUCUGGAAUGAAAUCCUUAUUGAUGUUGUGGUAUUUUGUUUAGAAAAUACAAUACAACCUCAGUAUGUGCAGGUUGCUUUUUUAUUAGUUUAGAAAAUUGUAGUGGAGUUAAUUAAUUGUGAUAAACAUUUUAUUCUCUUUUUUCUUUUUUUUUUUUUAGUUGAAAAUUUGUUUAGAAGAUUGUAUUUGAAUUAUUUACGGGACAAACAUUUCAUUCUUUUUUAUUUGUUUAGAAAAUUGUAGUUGAAUUAUAUACGUGAUAAAUGUGUUAUUCAGUA